CACCAUUUGGUUUUGCCGGCUGUUGAACAUGAUUCCGACUCCAAUAUCUUGAUACACCUUCUCAUUUCAGCUUUAAUCCUUUAUUCAUUAAUUCAUUCACUUGCGUCCUGCCUACUUUCCUUUUUUUAUUUCCCAUAAUCAGUGGAUUCUGCAAUGCUGCUACAUCAUGCGCGUGAACAACGCGUCUUCAGUAAACGCAGGAACGUUGCCAUUAUGAUUGGAUUGACAUUACUCUUCUGUGCAUCGCUCGCAUGGGCAUCCUCUGGUGAUCGGCAGCCCCAGUACAUUAACUGUGUCGAUAAAUGCAACAAAGAAAUUUGUCAGCGAUCCGAUCUAACUGGACUUACGUCGGAACAACUUCAGGAACACGAUCUGACCCUGCCACUGCGACUGCUUCACUGGACAUGCUUUGACAAUUGCCGUUAUCGAUGCAUGCAAUCGAUCACCGAGAUGGCACUUCAAGAAAAGCAAACUGUACACCAAUACCACGGCAAAUGGCCCUUUUACCGCUUCUUAGGCAUGCAGGAACCCGCAUCGGUGUUGUUCAGUUUAUUGAAUGGGUACAUGCAUGUGCUCGCAUGGUCCAAGCUUAAGCGUGUCAUUCCCGAGGACUACUAUAUGCGUCCGUACUAUUUGGGCUAUGCAAUUAUGGGUAUUAACACAUGGGUGUGGUCAGCGAUCUAUCAUUCACGCGACUGGCCCAGCACUGAGAAACUUGACUACUUUUCAGCAGGAGCAGCUAUCAUGUAUGGACUCUUUUACACAAUCAUUAGAAUCACACGUAUGGUACAAGUCAAAUCGCAGCUGAUGUGGGGGCUGAUGUGUUUGAUCCCUUUGGUGUUGCACAUCUCGUACUUGACCUUUGUCCGGUUUGACUAUGGAUACAACAUGGCAGCAACAGCAACAGUAGGAGCCGUACAUAAUUUGUGCUGGAUCGGCUGGAGCAUCGCCAAUUGGCGUGAGCGUCCUUAUGCAUGGGAGCCAACAGUGACAGGCAUAUUGCUGACAUUGGCAAUGUCCCUGGAGGUUCUUGAUUUUGCACCAUUGUGGGGUAUUUUGGACGCCCAUUCGUUGUGGCAUGCAGCGACUAUUCCGUUAAUACCGAUCUGGUACCGGUUCUUGCUCAGAGAUACAGAAUGGGAAGUGCGUAACAAGAAAGGAGUGCUGCAUAGAUCUUCUCGCCUUGACUAGAUACCUAUGGAGGCGAUUUGAACAUGACAAAAGACCAUUGUCAUAGGUGGCUAAUAAAGAAAGAAAUACAAG